AUGCCCGAUGAACCAGACGACAGCGGCAGCAACGGCGGACCGUACAUCCAGUUCGGGAAUGUUGACUGGACGGGACCCGUCGUCGUCCCUGGGCCUUUCUUGCAUGAUGACAUCGACCCGUAUCGUCCUGACGCCGGGACCGUGGACCACCGACUCGAACAACAUGUGGUCGACUCCCCGGCCUCAGCCUCGUCGGUCUGUCUUGUCCGGUCCCACAGCGCCAUCGGCCAGGGCAUCUCCGAGGGCAGGAUCCGCGACUCGCUAGAGCUCCCCAAGUACCUGCCCCCGAACCCGCUCGGCGUCCGCAGGGCCUCCCAGGCGAGCGCCGCCGCCGCCGCACCAGCAGCAGCCCCCGCAGCAGCCCCCGCAGCACAGCCAGCCGGGGGAGGAGAUGAGCCGCCCACCAUGGCGACCGGCGUCUUCGCCUUCAGACUCCCGUCGACCAUCAUGCUGCGCGGGGACGAGCCUCGCCGCCGUGGGGGCCUACCGUCGUACGCCCUGAACGUGGUGCAGCCGUACCCGAACCCGACCGGGCUCAAAAAGAAGCGCGCGGCGCCCAUCAACCUCGGGGCCUUGCCUGAGCGCCUGCUGAAGCGGCCCAAGGGGGGCGGCGUGCCCGUAUCGCACAGGGCGGACGGCAGUGUCGUUACCGCCAUCAAGGUUCCGGACGAGGAGCCCCAGGGCGAGGAGUCCAAGGCCGGCGAUGUCAAGGCCGGCGAUGUCAAGGCCGGCGACGCUAACGCCUCGAAGGCACCGGCUGAGAAAGCUCUGCGACGCUUCGGCCCGGUCGGGGUCCUCGCCCGCAAGAUGCGCAAGGUCAAGGCCAAGGCCAAGCCAGCUGCUCCAGAGGCCAAGGGCAAGGCGCUCGAGUUCGUCGAGACUGGCGAGUCCGCGCGCGGCAAGGAGGACCUUACCGCCUACGAGCCGCAGGUGGGCGCCGCCUAG